AAGAUUGGUCAGAAGAGCGUGAAGAUGCCGGGCUACCAUUUAAACCUACAGGGGAAGGUGGCAUUUGUAGCUGGUAUAGCUGAUGCGAAUGGGUAUGGAUGGGCCAUUUCAAGGCAACUAUGCAAUGCAGGAGCAUCAGUCCUAGCUGGAACUUGGCCACCUGCACUGAAAAUCUUCAAGAGAGGGUUGGAGAGAGGGUUUGGUGACAAGCAGCUGCUUGCUGACGGGUCAGCAAUGAAGUUUCAAGGGAUCUAUCCUCUUGAUGUCAACUACUCUGAACCAGAGGAGAUUCCCGAGCACGUAAAGGGCAGCAGGAGAUAUGCAGAUGUGCAGGACUAUGACAUUAGGACGUGCUCAGAGCGUGUGAAGAGGGACGUGGGUAAAAUCGAUAUCCUCGUUCAUGCUGUUGCGAAUGCUCCCGAAGUUCAAAAGCCGCUCAUCGACACCUCGCGGGAAGGGAAGGGGCCCUCCCAACUCGACUAUCUAGCGGCUGUCUCCGCUUCGUCCUAUUCGUGGGUCUCGAUGGUCAGGCACUUUGGGGGGAUCAUGCGGCCGGGCGGGUCGUGCCUAUCCCUCUCGUUCAUCGCCUCAGAGCGCGUCAUACCCGGCUAUGGAGGCGGCAUGUCUUCUGCUAAGGCUCAGCUGGAGAGCGAUACCCGCGUACUGGCAUACGAGGCUGGUCGGAGGUUCGGCAUCCGGGUGAACUCGAUCUCUGCUGGCCCCCUGCUUUCACGUGCUGCCAGCGCGAUUGAGAAUGGCGGAGGAGAGAGCUUCAUACACUCUUACAUCAAGUUUCACGAGGAGCACUCCCCGCUUCAGCGGAAGAUGGAUGCUGAUGACGUUGGAAGGGCUGCUCUUGCACUCUGCUCAGAUUUGUCUACUGCUGUUACUGGCGUUUGUCUGCAUGUAGACAACGGAAUGCACUGUAUGGGGUUUACAGGCAGCUCCCCUCCAGUGCUGGAAUUCAGCUUGUUCACUUCGACCCGCGAUCUUGAGUUGGAGUCGAGGCUGACCCUAUGAACCCUGUGGAUUUGUACAUUAUCCUUUGGAUGCCAUAUCUCCCCCGAUUCCUUCCCCUCCCUAUAUGCCUUCACUCCAACCUUUGAGUACGGCUCGACGAAAUGACUGUCAAUUGUUCUCGCGAGCUGCAUCAUUUCCCUCAUCGAGCUGUCGAGAAUACUGUUCUUCUCUCGCCCUAUCGUCUUGUUGAAAUCUGGGCUGGCACUGCGAAGUGAGCCCUGCGCUUGUCGCACUCCGUCCCAGUAGUCCAGGCCGUGUAGCCCUCCUGCUCCUGUCUUCUGCAUCACUCCGCCGUGACUUUCCCGACCCACCUGUUUCGAGAUUCGGACAGGGGACAACGAUCGGGGGCGGAGGACAGCGUAGUUCGGCUCUCCAUCGUGGUUGGUGUGCAAGUCCUCGUCUUCGACCGACGACAGGGGCACUCGGUUCGUCAUCUUGUCGAACCUGGGAACGGAGGAAGGACGAGGAUAGACGAGGGAGAAGGAGGGGUCAUGAGCCCAUUCUGAUCUUGAUGAAGUCUUCAGCUUCUCUGCAUGCGAAGAGUUUGACUUGCGCAUCUCAAAGGAUGGG